GUGGCCAGAAAUAUAAAAAAGGGGCGUAGACGGGGGUGGCCGGAGGAGCGGGUCGUGGAGCUGAGGGACAAAGUGCAAUUCGCCAGAGAGCGAAAGAGAGAGAGGACCGCAUGGGUGGCAAGGGGCUGGGGGAUGUGGGGAGAGGCAAUACACACACACACACACGAAAGUGCAGUCGGGAGAGCGGGAGCAAAAAGGAGGAGAUGCAUACACUCGCACACACGUGCAUUGAGGACUAUGUACGAUCCGGAUGUUGUGUAUGUAUUUCCAUUGACCAGGACUCCCUCUCUCUCUCGUUCUCUCAGCCCAUCUCCUUCUGGCCUGCUCGCUUGUUUACCAAUUUAUUUUGCGCACAAUGCGAAACACGGAAAAUGCAUGAAGCCACCGGCUGACGUUCCACGCCGACCACCACCCACCACCCACUACCCACCACCCAGAAAAAGCCCCUGAUGCGUUCCAACCGAACGCAAUGAUAGCCACACAGCAGAGCAGGCCAAAAGCAACAACGAGGAGCGGUGCGAAAAAAUUGCAGAAAUUCCAGUUCGAUUUUUGGCCAUAAUGCAAAAAGCACUCCGCCCUGCUCGCUCCUUCUGGCAAAAUACGAGCGUAUCUUCCAUCUCGGUCGCUUUUGCAUUCUGUGGCUGCUGCCGCUGUUUGUUGUUGUUCUUCGUUUGCCACUUUGUGCGGCAUUUUCCUCUUCCCCGCUUUUCCGGCUUUUCCCAGGUUUUUAGACUAUCCCCAUUUUUUCGGGGUUUUGUUUGCUUUCAUAUCCUUUGCAGGCCGCGACUUUUACUUUGAUGGAACGGGCGUCGAGUUUUGUUUGGUUCCUCUUUCUUUGUUGCCCCCAAACUUUGGGUAAAAAAAGGAGUUGGUGGUAGUACACACUCGUAGUGAGUUUUUGUGCCCCAUGUCCUUCGUAGUAGUUGGUACUCGUGAUCCGAAGUCAGUCAUCAGUCCAUACGCAACAUGUCCUGGUACAAAAAGUCGCCAUGGAAACACAAAGAAAUGGAACGAACCACGUAUGAAAGGAAUGGUAACGAAAUAUCGAAGGAAAAUGGGGCACAAAGGAUCUGAAGUUUCUAAAAAACUGAAUGAAAAGGAAGCCUAAAAUGCCAACGAUACACAAUGUUGGUGGGCGAAUGUUCGUAGUUUCUUGCUCACUUUACAUUGUGGAAUUUUAGUAUCUUGAAAAUACUUUGCAAGACUUUUCACGUGAAUUGUAAAAAAAAUUUGAAAGUUGCAUAGUUACCCAUAACUUUUAAAUGUAAUUCUGUCAAGGUAAUUUCUUAAGGACGUAUACUUCAGUUUAUACAUAGGGUUCUCGAGAUGAUGAGAGUGCUAGGGUGUUCAACUGGCUAAAUCAACUUGGAUCUAAGAUCACACGAAGGUAUACUUAACUCAAAUUGAACCUAAAAUUUGUGUAUUAUUUACCCAAUCCAAACGCAAAAUAUUUACGACUGUUGAACAAUUUCGGAGAUAUCUAAAACGUAAGCAAACGUAAACCCAGCCCAGUCAAGGGUGGAACUUCUCAAUGUGGAUGCCACUAAUCGUUCUCGUCCUCGUCGGAGUCCUUCAGGCGUGCUCCCCAGUGGACAGCCUGUACGAAAGCUUCCACGAGCAGCUGGUGACGUACCUGCGUCCUGGGGAGCCGCACAUCCAGGACGGCCACACGCUGCUCAACAUGUUGUACGUCCAAGAACAACUACAGGUCUACUGCCAGCGGCCCACCGCCCUGAGCCUGCGGAACGUCUUCCAGAGCAGUCGCCUGCGCCUGCAGAUCGCUGCUGGCGGUGCUUACAGCCAAUACAAGGGGGCCACCGUGCGGGAGGUCCACGAGGCGCGCCGCCAGCGGAACGAGUGCUUCGAGGGCAAGCCGCUGGUGGCUGCGGGAGGGGAGCAGCGGAUCGUCCAGUUCCCCGCCCACAGUCACGUCUGCUACGGCAUCCACACGGACGAGCCGUUCGCCCUCACCCUCGAAGUGGUCGCCUGGGACCCCGAGCGAUUGGCGCAGUUCGCCUUCGGCCUGGUGCUGUGGCUCAGCAGUCCCCUCGUGGCGGACUCGCUGCUCAGCCUCUACUGCUCGGCGGCGGCCCUGGGCGCCCACCUGGCCGGCGUGGGCGUGGUCGCGGCCGCCAUGCUGGGCUCCGGCGGCGGUCGUCCCCUACGGCUGGAGCCCCUCAAGGGGAACUUCAAGCAGGUGCUCGAGGAGCGGCCCACCCUGGUGGCCCUGGCGCUGGUGGGCGGCGCCUGGUCACUCCAGUCCGCCUGCCAGCGGACCAGCUUCCUGUGGCGGUGCUCGCUGCUGCGCCGCUUGCACUACCGCCUGCUGCGGACCACCUCCUACUGGCUGAUCUGCACUGCCUCCGAUCACUCGGAUUUCGGGCGGACCUGCGUCCUGGUGCUUCUCCCCUGGCCGGAACUCUGGUGGCUGAUGAACUGGCUGAAGGGAAUAUGUGCUCGAAAGACUCGAUUGCGAACCGGGAAAGAGCAGCUCCACUCACAAGAGGGCUGUCAAAGGCAGCGAGCUAUGGGGGAUUCGCAGGACUUUUUGGGGCGACAUCCUACUUCUUGGCGGCAGGACGCACAGCUAGUGCAGCCGCAGAUUUCUACCAGGUUUUUGGACGGUGGAAGUCACCCUGGGACCAUUCAAUCCGGUCCUGACCCCGUUUCGUACCAUAGAAGUCGCAGUUUAAACAGGACGGACACGACUUUUCGGCGGGAGCAACGAAUGCUCGGGGGACGGGAGUACGAAAGUACAUCUGGAUGUCAGUACUGCUCCGUGGCAAAUUCCCUCAAUCGACCCUCCACGUGGAACUGCCUCAACAGGCGGUUGACCACCAAUGCAACAGAGGAUCCCGCCACCCGACCAUCAGGUAGCCCAGAGUAUAGUCUCUUCCCCAGAAGCUCGACGACCAUCGUUUACAGCAACGCCAACUUCUCAAACUCGGAGCCCAGCCCCCGCGAUCAAUAGAGAAAGUAAAACGGAUCGACCAACUUCCAAUAAAAUGAAACCAAGGAACAGGGAUCAACUAAAAGGCUAAGAAGAAAAUCGAGAAUAUUUGAAGCAAAGUUUCAGGAGAAUUGCGUGCAUUUCAGCGCGAAGACCAAGCGAAAUUACGAUAAUGCUUAUGAUGUCAAAGCCGACUUUACUUUACUUUUUGGGAAAAAUUCGUUUUAACAGUUAUUUUCUAUCUAAGGGACCGUUGGGGUUUUGGGCAGGCUGAAGUUUAUAUUUAUAUUAAAUAUUUAUUAUUUUUUAUAUCUUUA